AUGUUCUCAGCCCGGCCCCCGGAAGAAAUAGCCAACGAGAGCGCCUACCUCGAGCUCGGUCUCAGGACCCAGUACUGCAAAAAGCUGUCCGUGUACCAGGAGUAUGCUGCGACGGAAGCAAAACUACAGACGGUAGAGACCGCACAGCAGAGACGUAGCCUGAGGAAACGCCUCAGCACCCUCCGGAGCCGGCGCUACAGCAUAGAGAACCAGGAAAAGGCUCUCGAGGCAGGAUUGUGCACGCUGCGAAUCGAGAUGCGCAACAACCUUGCCUGGAACCUAGCUCGGACCCAGAGCUGCUGUCCCUCGCCUGUAUGGGACCCGCCUCGCCCUGAUACACCCCUUGAUGCCACAUCACCCCCGUUCGUACCCCGAUGGGGAUUCUUCAGUGACUGGAAGGACGCGGGUAAACUGGAGAAGGUUGACGAGACUGGCGAGGAGUCUAGCAACGAAUGCAAUGUGACACAGUUCGAUGGAGGGGUAGGCCAAGGAUCCGAGGGUAGUGUGAGCCCGUCGGCUCAAGAACCAAGCAUGUCAGACACGGUUGAGGGCAUCCAAGAACCAUCAAGACGAAGGUCGUUCGAUGAUGGGACCUUGAGCCUCGCGGAGAGGAGGUUAAGCCUCCCAUACAUCCCCACGGAGUGGAUUUAG